AUGGAGCCAGACACACAGUCCCGUUCUCCGACGCCCCUACAUCCAACUAUCGCUCGACCGUCUAGUCGGGUCCCGAGAUCCCGCCGCCGUCGCUCACCGUCAAACGAUAACCAAAAUAUCAUCGUUGAUCGGACAGGGAGGGACGAUGUCUCUCAUAGAGCGCAUUCUACGACUUCUGAUAUCAAUCAUGGCCGAUUUGUUGGAAACCCAGGAUUUAAUGUUCAAACAUCUGCAGCACCUGCGGUGCCUGAAGUAUACCUUCAUGGUCUACGUCGAUCUCAGGAAGAUCAUACGUCUACAAUGAACUUUCCUUCACCCCGCCCUCCAGUGGCUGACGUACAUCACAUUCCGGUUGACCGUUCACACUCUCUGCGACCAAGUAUACCUCCAGACCAGCAGCCACACUCUUUCCGAUCUCCAACGCCGCCUGCGCCCAUCGCUCGACCAACUAUCCCCAGGACCCACCGCCGCCACCGUUCACCAUCGAACGACAACAGACAUAUAGUCGAUAAUCGCACUGGAAGGGACGAUCCCUCACGCCCCAUUCAUUCCAAUGCUUUUGAUAUCAAUCAUCAAGACAGAAAUGCAGGAAUUGGCGUGGAGGCUUCUAUGCCGACCGUCACACCCGAGGUCCACCCCCCAAUAGCCAGUCGAUAUCCCCUGUAUAUUCACCUUUCUCCUUCUCAAGAUGCACUUCCAGAUCACAUGCCUCAAUCUUUCCGCCCCUCACCGAUUCAACCUUCACCCACGUAUUAUCCCAGGCCCAUAGAAUCACAUUCUCCUCCGGCACCCGUAAUCGACUUUGAUCCUCCUAGACAUCAGCUCCCUCCAUUCCCUUCCCCCCAACCCGUUUUCCCUGUAGCACAUGAAUACAUCGUUCCUCCGAUCCAAUUUCACCAACCCCAGAUGAUGAUCACGGAAUCCGUUUUCGAUUCAAUUCCACAUCAAGUCUAUUCCACCGUAGGAUUUCUACAAAUACCAACAUUUUACCAAAUGCGCGUCUUUCGAGCGUUUGAGGACGUUGGGAUGUCGGUACCAGAAAUUCGAGGGGCUAUGUUGGACAUCACACAACAGAAAUUGGAAGGCGACAACCCGGAUAAGACAAGACCACGCCGCCCGUCGUCUAAAUCUGACGCAAAAAAGUUCAAGAAACUCCUUGAAGCAUGGAAAGAAUUUGUAGAGACGGUGGUUAAAGAGUGGGAGACGUUCAAUAUCAUCUCAGCGUUGUUACUUUCUGCCAUUCUGAGCAUAUUGCAGAUGGAUGUCGCGGUGAUUCCGAUUAUACGAUAUCCGGCUCUCAUCUCUCUAUUUUGCGCCUUUAUCAGCCUCACUUUUGGUUCGAUUUACGUGUCCAAGUUUUCGGAGAUGAAGAGAGCGAGUGUUGCGGCUGAGUUUGCGCUCGAAACGAAACAAUCUUCUUGUCCCAUUCUCUUCAAUGCGUGGAUUAUGCUUGCUAUGCCCGCCUCUUGGCUUGCUUGGUCCAUGAUUCUAUUUCUCGUAUCCAUAACAUCGCUCAUCUGGACUACGGGAGCUACCGACAACUCAACAAACACAUUAUCUUCUUACAAAUCCUUCGUGCCCCGCCUCAUUACUUCCCUGGUUCUCCUCUUGGGGAUCCUUUAUUUUGUCGUCAUUAUGAUCACUUUCUCGAGGUACGGCGGUAAUUUGGAUAAGGCCUGGGUUAGGCGUCUUCAAGAAACCCACCGUUGGGAUGAAUCCUUGCCGAAACCUCGGCCCCCACUCGACCAGGGGUUAAGCGGAUGGCGCAAGGCUUUGGUUCGUCACUAG